CCCUACUUUGUCGUACUCUUUUAUUUCUUUGAGUCCGUCACGUGGUGUGCACGCUCCCAGAAAAAAAGUGUGGACUAGCAAUUUUUAGGAAUAAAGAAAAUUUAGUUUUAGCCAGUGGAUCCAAUUGCAUGUUGAAUCUGAAGGAUUCGCAAGGAAAAUAUGGCUGCUGCUGUUCUCUCCUUCCAAUCUAUUUCUCAUUUCCAUUCUUGCUUCCCUGUCAACAAGCAACUCAAGCUGAGAAAACCUGUUUUAUCUCUCACAGCUUAUUAAAUUUGACAGAGAUUGCAGAUAAGUCUAGGCCCUUUUGCUCUCUUCAGGUAACUGUUUCAAGCAUAACAUCAGAUGGGAACAGAAGAGGAAGCCGUCCUAGGAAAAGUUCUGCCUCAGGAAGAAAGAAGGAAGAUGAAAGCAAAAAACCACCUGUUGGUAAUGAAGCACCCAACUCAUCUAAUCAGGAAGAUAUAAUUGCUCUGUUUAGACGGAUACAGUCUUCUAUCUCCAAGGGAGAGACUGGAAGCGCUAAGGCCAAAAGUUUGAGCUCAUCCAAGGAUAAGUCCACAGCUGAAUCAGUUUUGGAUGUUCUUCGAGAAUCAAGAAAGAAUGUUCGAGGCAUUCGAUCAAAUAAGGGAGGGAAGGCAUCGAGAUGGAAAAGUGGCGUCCCUAAGAAAAUCGAAGGGAUGGGGAAAAAGGCUAAUGCAGCAACACAGGAUUUCAAGUUACUAAGGCCACCAUCUAAUUUCGUAAAGAGGUCGCCAGUACCAUAUCCAACGGCCCCCAGAGUUAAGGGUCUUGAACAGAACAAUGAAGUGGUGGCGACCAAUGAGGGGUUAAAGUUGGCAAACAUAGAGAAAUUGAAACUUACAGAGUUGAAGGAUCUAGCAAAAGCCAGAGGAAUCAAGGGUUACUCAAGAUUCAAGAAGAGUGAGCUUGUUCGACUAUUGAGGUCAUAGUAUCCGGAGUGAAGUAACCAAGCUCUUUUACGCUUUUCCUUUUAUCUGUUUGAAUUAAUUAACCCAUUUGUAACUCCCUUGCGGCAUCACCGCUUUGACCCCCUCUCGUCAAGGAAAAUUGUAUCCUUCAUUGCAUGUACGUUGCUUUGACAUUCAGCGACCGUUUAUCUGCUGAUUUUUCAGACAUAGCAAAUACCAAAUCGAA